UCAAAAAAAAGUAAUGCUGAAUUAUUGAUGGUGCCCCAUCUUUUCAUAAUUUUGUGUUGUACCACACCCACUAUAUAUAUAUACAUCCAAAUGCUUGAGAGAAAGAACAGCACACACAAGGAGGAGACAACACAACACAAGGUGCAAAAAAACAGAAAUUAAACACUACAAGUAUAGGGUGAGAAAAUGGGUGAAGCUAAGGAAAUAUGGUCUGCACCAAUAACCCCUAGAACAGCUUCAGUGGUUGGAACACCUGUUGUGGCAUCUCCACCUGUGUCAUGUCCACCCUCUCAGCUUCACUCUCCAUCUCUAACAAGGUCACCCCUCCUUCACCCUGAGGAUGGAGAUGCACCACGUCCUAAUAAAACUUCUAAGACUCCAAAGACACCAAGAACACCAAGAACCCCAAGAACACCACUUAGAAUCUCUAAUUUGACUCCAAAGUUCCUCACACCUUUGGGGAGCCCUGUGAGGAAAGCUCUGAGGUUCACCAAGCUUGAUCCUCAGGAUGCUUGGCUUCCAAUCACUGAGUCAAGGAAUGGUAACAAGUACUAUGCUGCUUUUCAUACCCUUUGUUCUGGGAUUGGAAUUCAGGCCCUUGUUCUCCCUGUGGCCUUCACUUUUCUUGGUUGGACGUGGGGAAUCAUAAGUAUGACUCUGGCGUUCAUAUGGCAACUCUAUACCUUAUGGCUGCUGGUCAACCUUCAUGAGUCGGUAGAACAAGGUGUACGCUACUGUCGAUACCUUCAACUCUGCGGUGCUACCUUUGGGGAGAAACUUGGGAAAAUCCUAGCCUUGUUCCCAAUAUUGUACCUAUCAGCAGGGACAUGCACCACAUUGAUCAUCAUAGGAGGAUCCACAGCAAGGACAUUUUACCAAGUGGUGUGUGGUGAAACAUGCACUGCCAAACCCAUGACCACUGUGGAAUGGUACUUGGUGUUCACCUGUGUAGCUGUGGUGCUAUCACAGUUGCCAAACUUGAAUUCCAUUGCUGGGGUGUCACUCAUUGGAGCUGUCACAGCUGUAGGGUAUUGUACUGCCAUUUGGGUAACCUCUGUGGCACGGGGUGCCCUAAAGGAUGUGAGCUAUAACCCUGUAAGGACUGGAAGCAGUAUUGAAAAUGCCUUUGGAGUGCUUAAUGCAUUGGGUAUCAUUGCCUUUGCUUUCAGGGGCCACAAUCUCAUCCUUGAAAUUCAGUCUACUAUGCCUUCAAGCGAGAAGCAUCCAUCACACGUGCCCAUGUGGAAAGGGGUCAAGGUUUCUUACACAAUCAUUGCCGCAUGCUUAUUUCCCAUGGCCAUUGGAGGCUAUUGGGCUUAUGGCCAAUUGAUUCCUGCAAACGGAGGAAUGCUCACGGCCCUAUACCAAUACCAUUCUCGUGAUGUGUCAAGAUUCGUGCUUGGAUUAACAAGUUUUUUUGUAGUGGUGAAUGGUUUGUGCUCGUUUCAAAUCUAUGGCAUGCCAGCAUUCGAUGACAUGGAAUCAGGUUACACUGCAAGGAUGAAGAAGCCAUGCCCCUGGUGGCUUCGCGCGUUUAUUCGGGUGUUCUUUGGGUUCUUGUGCUUCUUCAUAGGAGUGGCUGUUCCGUUUUUGUCUCAAUUGGCUGGUUUGAUUGGAGGAGUGGCUUUGCCAGUGACAUUCGCGUACCCAUGUUUCAUGUGGCUCAAGACAAAGAAGCCAAAGAAGCUUAGUCUCAUGUGGUGGCUCAAUUGGUUCUUGGGGACAUUGGGUGUGGCUUUGAGUGCCAUAUUGGUUGCGGCUAGUUUAUAUGUUAUCGUUGAUACUGGUGUUAAUGUGAGCUUCUUCAAUCCUCAGUAGUCUCACAUACAGAGUGAAAAGAAGUACUAGGAAAAUGAUGUUGGGAGGUAAUUAAUUAGUAAGAGAUUUACUAAGGGUUGUCUUUCUUUUUUUUUUCUUUUUUUUUUGUUGAGAAAUUCUAAUUCGUAACCUCACUUUGUAGUUCUAGGUUGAUUUUCCCUUAGUGACAUUUUUAUAAAUAUCACUAACUACAUAAGGGGAGGGGAAGGUAAAUCAAGAUUGUAUAAAUUUUCUUGUUCUGGAAAUUGAAAAAUACUUAAAGAGUUUAUUUGCCAUA